GCCAGGUCUCCAGCUCCAGCGCUGUGGCGGCUGGGUCCUCAGCCCCCCGCCCGCCAUGGAGGUGGAGGAGGCGUUCCAGGCGGUAGGCGAGAUGGGCCUCUACCAGAUGUACUUGUGCUUCCUGCUGGCCGUGCUGCUGCAGCUUUAUGUGGCCACAGAAGCCAUCCUCAUUGCACUAAUUGGAGCUACACCACCAUACCACUGGGACAUGGCCGAGCUCCUGCCCAACCAGAGCCACAGCAACCAGUCAGACGGCAAAGACCAGGCCUUCGGGAACUGGCUUCUGACCGCCAAUGGCAGUGAGAUCCACAAGCAUGUACAUUUCAGCAGUAGCUUCACCUCUAUUGCCUCUGAGUGGUUUUUAAUUGCCAACCGAUCUUAUAAAGUCAGUGCGGCCAGCUCCUUUUUCUUCAGUGGUGUGUUUUUUGGAGUUAUCUCCUUUGGUCAGCUUUCAGAUCGCUUCGGAAGGAAAAAAGUCUACCUCACAGGUUUUGCUCUUGACAUCUUAUUUGCUAUCGCAAAUGGAUUUUCCCCCUCCUAUGAAUUCUUCGCAGUAACCCGCUUCUUGGUGGGCAUGAUGAAUGGAGGGAUGUCCCUGGUGGCCUUUGUCUUGCUAAACGAGUGCGUGGGCACCGCCUACUGGGCACUUGCAGGAUCGAUUGGCGGUCUCUUCUUUGCUGUUGGCAUCGCACAAUAUGCCCUGUUAGGAUACUUCAUCCGCUCCUGGAGGACCCUAGCUGUUCUGGUCAACCUCCAGGGAACAGCAGUCUUUCUCUUGUCUUUAUUCAUUCCUGAAUCACCUCGUUGGUUAUACUCCCAGGGUCGACUGAGCGAGGCGGAAGAGGCUCUGUACCUCAUCGCCAAGAGGAACCGCAAGCUCAAAUGCACAUUCUCACUAACACAUCCGGCCAACAGGAGCUACAAGGAAACCGGAAGCUUCCUGGAUCUAUUCCGCUACCGGAUCCUCCUAGGACAUACUCUGAUCCUGAUGUUCAUCUGGUUCGUGUGCAGCUUGGUGUACUAUGGCCUCACCCUGAGUGCGGGUGACCUAGGGGGGAGUAUUUAUGCCAACCUGGCUUUAUCUGGCCUUAUAGAGAUUCCAUCCUACCCUCUCUGCAUCUACCUGAUUAACCAAAGAUGGUUUGGUCGGAAGCGGACACUAGCAGCGUUUCUGUGCCUCGGAGGACUAGCCUGCCUUAUUGUGAUGUUUCUUCCAGAAAAAAGAGGCACAGGUGUGUUUGCAGUGGUCAACAGCCAUUCCUUGUCCCUGCUGGGGAAGCUGACAAUCAGUGCUGCCUUCAACAUUGUUUACAUCUAUACCUCUGAGCUGUACCCCACUGUCAUCAGGAAUGUUGGUCUUGGAACGUGCUCCAUGUUCUCCCGAGUUGGUGGCAUCAUUGCUCCCUUCAUCCCCUCACUGAAGGACGUGCAGUGGUCUCUGCCCUUCAUCGUGUUUGGAGCCACAGGCCUGACCUCAGGCCUCCUGAGCCUGCUGUUGCCAGAGACUCUGAACAGCCCUUUGCUGGAGACAUUCUCUGACCUGCAGAUGUACUCCUACAGGAGGUUAGGGGAGGAAGCCUUGUCUCUACAGACCUUGGAUCCUCCACAGGCCCUGGACAAGGCCAGCAGCUUGGGGAGCGAGAGCGAUGAGGAGGAAGAGUUCUACGAUGCAGAUGAGGAGACGCAGAUGAUCAAGUGAAAAGCCCACACUCCUGCCCGGAAGCAAAACGCCAUCAUCAUUAGUGCCUCGGGUUCGGCUUCAGUACCACUCAGCCC